CGUACAGGAAUAAAGCAGCGGCCAAGCCGCUGCUAUGGCGGCGACCGGCGAGGCGAUGGCCGGCGGCGGCAGUAGCUCCGGCAGAGGUCAUCAAAACGCCAGACCAACAAUUCUACGUCCGGAAGCUUAUGGGGUUCAAGUUCCAAAUUGAAUACGAAACCGGUGUGUCCAAUAAGGCCGCGAACGCACUGUCCAGAAGCGACAUCGAUGAGGACGCGACAAGUUCUUUUGCAGCACUAUCUCAGCCUAUCCCGGUCCUUAUUGAUGCCGUGAUCACCAAGCAGCGCACCAGGCCAAAUGUUUCAGCAUUCAAGGCCAGCGUCGAAGCACGCACGGCGUUAUCGGGGGCACUAUCUAUGACGGGGUGCUAUAUUACAAAUGGAGGAUCUACCUUAGCUCGGAUUCCCACCUCUAUGAGCAGCUUCUGACCGAGUUUCACAGCACUCCUCUUGCGGGUCACCAAGGGAUUGACCAUAAUUUUUUAUGUCUAGCGGCGGUGUUUAAUUUGCCGAGCAUGCAGCCAGAGCCACUUUGAGAUAACCAGAACAAAAAUAAACCAAAAGUAUUAAAAUAUAACUGAAAAUAGGAGCUAGAAAUUGAGUCCGGGCCUUAAGAGACCCGGAAGAAAGCUUGGUGAUUCAUGAAACUCGCCGAUCCGUGCCUUAUAUAGGCGUGAGAAUUGCUGGGGCGGGCUCCCGGGCGGCCGCCCCGCGGAGAUAGUGCGCUCGGCGGCUGAGAUUGGAGUAUUGUUUUUGUUUUGUUUCUUCACUGCGCUGCGUUAUCCUU